AUGUAUGGUCGCUAUUCCAAGGAUCUCGGGGAGUUCGCCAAGACAGAGUCGAAGCGUCUGAAAGAGAUCGACAAGAAGAGAAAGCUGGACGAGAAACUGCGACGCCAGGAGUUGCACCGGUAUCGCGGAAAGUGGACACGGCGUGUGGGCAAAGUGUUCGGGUUUGUGUGGAAGAAGACAUUUGCGAGGAUUGGUGAAGACUGGGUGUUCUUGACUGUGCUAGGGGUCUUGAUGGCGUUAAUCAGCUUUGUCAUGGACUACGGAAUCGCCAUGUGCAAUAAAGCGCGCAUCUGGCUGUACCGAGACCUCACCACACAUCCGGUGCUGCAGUACAUCUCGUGGGUCUCGCUGCCCAUCGCGCUCAUCCUGUUCUCGGCCGGCUUCGUGCACAUCGUCUCCAAGUCUGCUGUCGGCUCCGGCAUCCCCGAGAUGAAGACGAUCCUUCGCGGCGUGCCGCUGGAUGAGUACCUGACUUUCCGCACCCUGGUGGCCAAGGUGGUCGGCCUCACGGCCUGCCUCGGCUCCGGCAUGCCCCUCGGCAAGGAGGGCCCGUUCGUCCACAUCGCCAGUAUCGUGGCGACCCUGCUGACGAGGCUAGUCACGUCCUUCAAGGGCAUCUACGAGAACGAGAGUCGCAACAGUGAAAUGCUGGCGGCGGCCUGCGCUGUGGGCGUGGCCUGCAGCUUCGCGGCGCCCAUCGGAGGCGUGCUGUUCAGCAUCGAGGUGACGUCGGUGUACUUCGCCGUGCGCAACUACUGGCGCGGCUUCUUCGCGGCCGUGUGCGGCGCCAUGGUGUUCCGGCUCCUCUCCGUCUGGUUCCAGGACGAAGAGACGAUAACAGCUCUAUUCAAAACGGACUUCAAGGUGGACUUUCCAUUUGAUCCGCAAGAGCUGUUCGUGUUUGCGCUUAUCGGUGCCGUGGCUGGCUUUGCCGGAGCGUUUUAUGUGUGGGUUCACCGGCGAUACGUGGUCUUCAUGCGGCACAACACCUGCAUGAAGAGCUUCCUGCGACAAAACCGGUUUCUGUAUCCGUUCUUCAUUGCACUGAUGGUGUCAUCUGCGACGUUCCCCUUGGGUCUGGGACAGUUUCUAGCCGCAGACCAAACCACUCAUGACCAGGUUCUAGAUCUCUUCUCCAACUUUACUUGGUCAUCACCCGAACUUAAUGUAGACGAAGCAGAAAUAGUGGACCACUGGACGAACCCGUACACAAACUUCUACGUCAACCUCUGCAUCUUCAUAGGGGUUACCAUGUGUAUGGCGGUGGUGGCGUCCACGCUGCCCGUGCCGGCCGGCACCUUCAUCCCCGUGUUCAAGAUGGGCGCCGCCUUCGGCCGGCUGGUGGGCGAGCUGAUGGCCAUCUGGUUCCCCCAGGGGGUCCGCUACGGCGGCCACAUAUCACCCAUCAUGCCAGGGGGCUACGCGAUCGUGGGCGCAGCCGCUCUGGCAGGCUCAGUCACAAACACCAUCUCCACGUCUGUCAUAGUGUUCGAGCUGACCGGCCAGAUCACCCACAUCCUUCCCGUCAUGAUUGCUGUGUUGAUUGCAAACGCGAUAUCCCAACUACUACAGCCCUCCAUAUAUGACAGCAUAAUCCAGAUUAAGAAGCUUCCGUACCUUCCGGACAUAGUCACGUCAACAAACGCGUACUCGGUGUACGUGGAGGACAUCAUGGUGCGGGACGUCAAGUACAUCUGGCACGGCAUCACGUACCGCCAGCUGCGCGACAUCCUGCGCCAGACCAAGAAGCUCUCCAGCGUGCCGCUGGUGGACGCGCCCGAGUCGAUGAUCCUGCUGGGCAGCAUACGGAGGAAGCAGCUGGUGGUUCAGCUGGAGACUCACCUCGGCAGGGAUCGACGCAUCGAGGUCGUCGCCAAGUGGCAGCGCGCCGCCCAAAAGAUCCGACUGGCCAAGCACAACCAUAACUGGAAGGCGCUGGUGGCGCUCGCCAAGGGUGAGCAGGAGGACGCGGCGCGGCUCGAGCACCGCGCCUCAAUCCGCGAGCGGCCGGAGCACGAGCGGGAGGAUGUGCUGGACGUGUCGGGGGCGCGCGUGUUGGAGAGCGACGACCCGCCGCCGCCGUCGGCCGAUCCGCAGGCCCGCAGGCCCUCGCGCUUCGCCGUCACGCCGGUGACGGACGAUCCGGAGCCGGAGCCGGAGCCAAAGCUGGAGCCGAAGACGGAGCCGAAGACGGAGCCGAAGACGGAGCCGAAGACGGAGCCGAAGACGGAACCGGAUUUGAGGUCAGCUUCAGAACAGGAGCCGGGGUCGGACCAGGAGCCGGAGCAGGACUCUCUGCUGCCAUCUCCCAGGACCACCUUCUGCGUGGAUACCGACUCGGAAGAGGAGCGGUCGCCGGGCGGCUCGGGCGCGUCGCCGUCCCGCGCGCGGCCGCGACCUCUGAAGCCCAUCCUGAAGAAGACGGGCUCGUUCUCGCUGCGCCGGUCCAGCCCGGCGCACACGCCGGUCAACACGCCGUACGCGACGGUGACCGGCGGCAGCGACGGCAGACUGAGGGCGGCGUUCGACCGGGUAUUCCAGCGAUCCCGCGAGCUGAGGGCCUCCAACGGCUUACGCGACGACAGCAACAAGUCGCUCUCUUCUCAGAAGCACGUCACGCUGCCGACUGCACGUGUUAUGGACAUGUCUUACGAAGACCAGAAAAAGUGGGAAGAGGAAGAACUGGACAAGGAAGUGAACUUUGACGACUGCAAAAUCGACCCGGCGCCGUUUCAGCUGGUGGAGCGCACCUCGCUGCUCAAGGUGCACUCGCUGUUCUCCAUGCUGGGCCUGAACCACGCGUACGUGACGGCCAUCGGCCGCCUGAUCGGCGUGGUGGCGCUGAGAGAGGUGAGACUCGCCGGGGGCGGCGCGCCGACGCGGCCCGGAGCCGAAGUCGAGCUGGCCGGGCGGAGGACGAGCACGGUAUCUUCCCUGCCCGCCAGCCAGCACGUGAAGGCAGAUAUGAAGCUCACCUCAAGUGGUAAGACGUCAAGCUUGAAGGAGUAG